AUGGCAUCUGCAGUAUUACAGUCUGUGGUGCCAACGCCAACUCCCUCACCUCCAACCAGUCUGACUCCCGUGAGCGUUGCUUCGCCAGCCACCUCUGUCAAUGAGCUAGGUAGCUUGGAAGAGGAAUUCGACACAAUAAACCAUCUACUUCAGACAAGAGCACAGGGACGACUUGGUCAUGAGCCUAUUGUCGCCUAUCCGUCAUCUGGCACCAACUACGUCUAUUAUAGCCCCCAACAGCUUAAUACCUUUGUCGAAGCAGCAGCAGUUCAUUAUGCCAGGUCCAUUCCCCAGCGACGUUCGUCCGAAGACCCGGUUCAGGUGGUCGGCUUGUUGGGCCCCUCGGAUUUUGAGUACUUGAUUACAUUGCUCGCUCUUUCAAGACUAGGACAUACGGUGCUCCUGCUAUCCACUCGCAUUGCCGAAGAUGCCUACGUCAGCCUCGGCGAAAACACUAAGGCCUCAUAUCUUGUCGCCCACACCACCUUCCUCGCCAUGGGUGAUAAAGUGGCACAAAGAACUGGCAUCAGCCUUCAGCCAUUACUGAGCCGUGUGGACUAUGACAACACUACCACAGGUACAGUGGCGCUGCCAUCAGCUCAACUGAAUGGGAAAAUUGAGAAUAAGCAUGUUUGUUGGAUCAUCCACUCCAGUGGCUCAACAGGACACCCCAAACCCAUAUACCAGACGCAUGCCGGUGCUCUCAAGAACUACGCCAAUAACUUCGGCUUGUGCGGGUUCAUCACCCUGCCCCUAUUCCACGCUCAUGGAAUUAGUUGCUUGUUCCGCGCAGUCCACUCACAGAAGCUCAUAUAUCUUUACAACGCCGAGCUUCCCUUGACCGCCACUCAUCUUCUCACAACCCUCCAAGAGCACCAAGAAAUCCAAGUUCUUUACGCCGUCCCAUACGCUCUGAAGCUGUUGUCAGAGUCACCUGAGGGUCUUCAGGUGAUGUCUCGGUUAGAACUGGUGAUGUUUGGCGGUUCGGCUUGUCCGAAGCCUAUCGGUGACAAGCUGGUACAGAAUGGAGUCCGCCUUGUGUCCCAUUACGGUACCACCGAGACGGGCCAGUUGAUGACCUCCUUCCGCGAACGUGAUGACCUGGACUGGGACUUUGUCCGACCUGGUCCAAGCCUACUGCCAUAUGUUCGUUGGGAGGAGCAGAUGCCUGGCAUUUACGAACUUUGUGUCCUGGAAGGCUGGCCGUCCAAAGUAGCCAGCAACCGACCGGACAAUUCAUAUGCUACGAAAGACCUCUUCGAGAAACAUCCAACAACUCCUAACGCCUGGAGGUACUACGCCCGUCUGGACGACACACUGGUGUUGGAAAAUGGCGAAAAGGCCAAUCCCCUUGUGAUCGAGGGUGUUGCCCGCAACGACCCCAACGUAGCCGAGGCCAUUGCGUUCGGAGCAAAUAAGCCUCGUCUGGGUCUAUUCUUGAUACCCGCGGAAAGUUCUCCUUGUAAAACCGCAGAGGAGCUCAUCGAGGCCGUGUACCCUGCCAUUGAGCGGUGCAAUGCAGAGUCCCCGGCCUACGCCUACAUCUCGCGGGACAUGGUCAAGGUGCUGCCACCGGACGCAGAAUUUCGAAAAACGGACAAGGGCACAGUCAUUCGCUCAGCCUUUUACCGAGACUAUCAAGAUCAGAUCGACGAAAUUUACGAUACUGAGAAUGCCACAGGGGACCAGGUUCUUGAAGGGGCCGACCUUCUCGGAUUUCUUCGGGAGCAGCUACUCGCAGUCGCACCGUCUAUCGAUUCUUCCGUACUUGAGGAUCAAACCGACUUGUUCAGCUUGGGCGUAGACAGUCUGCAGUCCAUCCGACUACGCAGCGCUAUCAUGAGAAUGCUCGAUCUUAGGCAACAGAAGUUAUCUCAAAACUUUGUAUUCGAGAAUCCUUCCCUGAAGGCCAUGGCCGAUGAAAUCACUCGUUUGCGUCUGGGCCAAGAGCUCAAGGCUGAGAUUCCAGUUGAAGCACGCAUGCAAAGCUUAAUCGAGAAAUACAGUACUGACUUCAAGGUUCACAUUCCUGUUCCGCGGGAAGACGAGGCCGAACAUGUUGUUGUGACGGGGGCCACAGGCUCGCUGGGCGCGCAUGUCAUUGCUCAGCUAGCCGAACGCGAGAAUGUCCACACUAUCUACUGCUUAGUCCGUGCCGAAUCUCGCUACUCGGCCCUAAAGCGAGUUCGUCAGUCACUACGAACGCGGGGACUGUCUCUUACUCAAGCUCAUGCCGCUGAUCACAAGAUAGUCGUUCUGCCUUCAAACCUCUCAGACCCAACUCUAGGUCUUGAUGGAGCGACUUAUGAGCAGUUGGUGCAAUCCGUAACGGCUGUCAUGCACUGCGCAUGGUCUGUCAAUUUCAACUGGUCCCUGGAAAGCUUUGAGGCGAGCUGCAUAGCAGGCACUCGGCACUUAUUGGAUCUCUGCCUUAAUGUGCGCAGCCCCAAACCGGCGCGCUUCUCAUUCUGCUCAUCCGUAAGCACUGUGGCCCGAACUCCGGGCAAUUGGGUUCCAGAAGCCCUGCCCGAAUCGCUCUCUUACGCACAGGGAAUGGGUUACGCUCAGUCUAAGCUCGUCACAGAGCAUAUCGUCAACCGUGCAGCUCAGUCAACGGGGAUGACGGCUCGCGUUUUGCGAUCGGGGCAAAUCAUCGCGGACUCUGUUCAUGGCAUCUGGAAUGCCACGGAAGCCAUCCCCUUGAUCUUCCAAAGUGCGGAAACAAUCGGAGCUCUCCCACAAUUGGAUGAUAUUCUCUCGUGGACACCCGUGGAUGUAUUGGCAGCAAGUGUUAUUGACUUGACUCUUGCGCCGGUGGCAGGUGAUGUACUCAAUGUCACUAAUCCGAAUCUCAAUCACUGGGGGCUAGACCUCCUUCCACUCCUCCGCCAGGCUGGUUUGAAGUUUGAAACACUGUCUCCCCGCGACUGGGUCCAUCGUCUUCGGCAAUCAAAUCCAGAUCCCAGCAUCAAUCCACCUAUCAAGUUGGUGGAGUUCUUCGCCAGCAAGUACGACAAGGAGAAGCCUAGCCGGGUUCUUCUCUACGACACCAAGAGAGCUCAAGCGGCUGCUCCGGCGUUGCGUCAGGCCAGAGGGCUUACCGUCGAGCUAGUCGAUCGAUUUCUGUCAUAUUUCCGCACCCAAUGGGCGAAGGCGAGUCCAGAAACACCCCGGGAGGUUGUUGUGCUGACUGGUCCUUGCGGCUGCGGCAAGAGCACUGCCGCCCAGGCUGUGGCGCAACGGUUCAAUAUCCCCGUUAUCGAGGGCGACGACCUGCAUUCCCCAGCGGCGCGUGCCAAGAUGGCAAACGGGACUCCUCUAGAGGACCAGGAUCGGUGGAAUUGGUUAGCACAUAUUCGCGGUGCAGUCAUGGAUCGGUUGCAGCACUCGACCGCGCCCGCCGUGGCAGUGACCUGUUCUGCAUUGCGCACGGCUUACCGCGAUGAGCUGCGACGCCUUUCGGAAUUGUUUGAUUUCCCUGUCAAUGUUACAUUCGUGCUUCUUUCGAUCCGUGACGGGGAGCAACUCAAGGAGCGAGUAGCCGCUCGUUCGGAGGUAGAAGCACACUACAUGCGAGCUACAAUGGUGGACUCUCAGCUUAACACAUUGGAGAGCCCGGGUCCAUCAGAAAGCGAUGUGAUUGUCCAAGACUCGAGUCGCUCGAAGGAGAAGAUGAUUGAGGAUGUUGAGAAGACUGUUGAGGGAAUUCUUUCUGCAUAA